AUGGGCGGACAGAUAUCAAAGAUGCUGAACAAGAUCUUCGGAUCCAAAGAGAUGCGCCUGCUCAUGCUUGGGCUGGACGCAGCGGGCAAGACAACCAUCCUCUACAAACUCAAGCUCGACCAGGACGUCACCACCAUCCCGACCGUAGGCUUCAAUGUCGAGACCGUCACGUACAAGAACACAAAGUUCAACGUCUGGGAUGUGGGCGGGCAGGACAAGAUUAGGCCGCUGUGGAGGCACUACUUCUCGGGCACACAAGGACUCAUCUUCGUCGUCGACUCCAGCGACCGCGACCGACUCGACGAAGCGCGCACCGAGCUCGCGCGGAUCAUUCAGGACCGGGAAAUGAGGGACGCGCUGCUUCUUGUCUUCGCGAACAAGCAGGAUCUCGCAGGUGCAAUGCGGCCGAAAGAAAUCUCAGACAAGCUAGAGCUAGAGCGAAUCGCGAAGAACCACACAUGGAAGGUCGAGCCUAGCUGUGCAACGACAGGAGAGGGCAUAUUCGAGGGCCUCGCUUGGUUAUCGAACAACGUCAAAGUCCCAACGGCUCGGUAG